GGACGAGGCUGUUGCCAUCCCAUCUCAGUCACAGGAGGCUGCAGUGGUGACCUUCACUACCGUGACCCACAAGGAUGAAACUUCCCAGACCAGCCUCACCCUCAGCAGGGGAAAGAGAAGCUACCCAGACCUACACACCUUUGUGCAGGACAUGCAGGACGACCAUUGGAAUCUGCUGAGUGAGAAUAUGCGUGCCGGGGUGAGUUAUAGUCACCUCUAAAGUAGUUAAUGUUGGUAAAAUGGACCAAACAUUCAUUUGUGGAAAUCCUGCAGGACCUUUAAUCCUGAACCACUGCUUUAAUUGACUAGCUUGAGUAAAUGGUUCUACGUUUUAUAUCAGUGCAGCCCCUUUAACAAACUAACUCUGUAUGGUCUUUUAACAUUGCAGAUGAGCAGACAUGAGUUUAGUGCCAAGUGCAUAGAUAUUGUAGCAUGGGUGAUGGAGUCUACAUCCACUGUGGUUGUUCCCGCCCUUGACCUCACCAUGCAGAUAGAGCUCUCUGAUUCGCCAAGCUCUUCUGGAUCAGGAAGUAAUGAGGCAGGAGAGGUGACCUCUCUUGGCCGCAGCGUCAGAUUCAGCUGUAGUGGAGGAGCCAGCAGGUGCACCAGCGCCAGAACCGCCUACAGCACACGCACUCCCACGCCUUUCCCCUCCUCUCACAGGUCCAUGACCUCUUUGCUGAGUGAGAACGAAGAGCGAUAUGUCUCCUCACCUGAGGGUGGCGAUAGAGAGAUGAGACACAGACCACACUCAGCACCACUGAGAUCUGUGUUUGGCAUCUCUGAGGACUCUGUCUUCGACAUGGUCCAGAGCGGCCAGUCGCAGGGUGACAUCGUACCGCCGCCCAAACGGAGUAGACAUGAGAAAUACAGACCUAGCAAAAUGUCAACGGACGGCAAGUUUAUGAUGGGUAUUGUCGAGUUGGUUAUAAACCUUCUCAACUCCAGAUUGGCUGAGCUAAUGCGAAGUGUCAGUCAGGGAACUCUAGUUCUGCUGACUGGAAGUAUCUCAGCAAGUCAACAGUUUGCCCAAGAGAUGCUAAGCAUGGCGACUUCUAAGAUGUAUUCCCAUGCCAUAGAGCAUAUUGCGCUCGGCCACAAGUCUCCCCUUGAGAUAGAGACGGAGCUUGAGGCCAUCUUGGGUCCUCUGGCUGGACAGGUCAUAGUCAUCAUCAUAGAUAGCAUCAUCAAGGCUAAAGCCAACGGAGGAAAUGAGGGGAGAGCGACCAGCCCCUUGACCUAUUUUCUAACUGCCAUUUCGGCAGAAAUACAAAGCCUAGUGGUUCACAGAUCGGCUAGCAGACCAUCCACCAGACUGUCCAACAACAACCACUGCUGAACAUUUCCAAGUCAAAGGUCUUAAGAUCAGUUCUGCUCAAAAUGGCAGAGCUCUUUGGCCAAGGUCCAAGUGAAACCUGUCUAGUUCCACUAGUCCAGAGUCAGUCCAACAACUCCAUUUGCGACUGGACUGUGAAUGCAGGCACCAUUCAUCCAAGUACAUUUCUGUCCGACAACAGAGUGACAGAAGUGUCAUCCGAUGUUGUGGAUCUUGUACUUGAGGUUUUUUGGAUAACAGGAUUUUUGGAUAACAGGAACCCGUCAAGGCCACAGAGUGCCUGCUCCCACAACUCAGCUAGUGGAGCAAUAGAUAUGAGAGCUUUUGCUGGGGACUUGGUCAGACAGGUGUCUGUCAAACUCAUCCCAUUUGUCUCUGAGAGUCAACUCUCCACCAUGUCCAUGACAGAUCUGUCAUCAUCUUUUUCUGACUCCACCUUGAAGCAGUUGUGUUCUCGCUCUGUUGUUGCUCUGGCAACUGCCUGUCAAGCAAUCAAAACAGAGCUCGAGAACCAGAGACCUACCAACCUGGCAGCCAGAGACCUACUAUCGUCUCUGGUAGAGACCAUUGAGGACAUGGAUAUCUCUGACAUCCUCCAGGGCCCGUCGGCCAUUUUGGAGGAGGCUGCUGUGAUAAAGCACCCAGAGAUGUCCACCUCGACAAUAUACAGAUCUCUGCUUCUCGACUCAUCUCUCGCCUCCUCUAAGAUGGUCACUGAGAGCAUUAUCUUCAACAACCCAUGCCCAUCAGAGGAGAAUGUGAGUAUUCAGAAGGAGCUCCCUGCUGAUAAAGUUGACAUCCUCCAUGGUCAACCAGUGGAGGAGUAUAUUGUCAAAGCUGAGCAAUGCAUCACUCAGGUCAUUCAGGAUGCAGCUGUGACAUAUACUGCUGCGCUGGAUAAAACCGACACUUGUGGGAAACUGUCGGAAAUCCUAUCUGUCCAUGUUUCCUCAGAGAAUAUUGAGGAGGCAUCCUCUGAUCUCUUUGGUGGAAUUAUUUCCGACCUGCAUGAGGUAUCUGAGGUCAAUAAGGCCUCCAUGCGUACGAAAUCAGGUCGCAAAAUGUUCUGGGUGGAAGUGAGUUCAGGUUCCCAGAAGAUUUAUACCAAAACCCUGGACAAACUAAGGAAGCUGUUCACCUCCCACCAUCUCACUGAGGGAAAAAAAUACUCCUGUGCAAAUCGAGCUUUCUGCAACUGGACUACUUGUAACUGA